UUCAUUCAUUCAAAAACAUCAUAAGUUCUAAGAGGGAAACAAAGCAAAGGAGGCUCUCAUGGAAAUAGGAGGUCGGCGUGUGUAUAAAGAUUUCGCCCCUUCAUACAAAUGGGUUCGAGAGGAAGGAACCGAUACACUCGUCAUCGAUCUCCCAGAAUUUAACAAAGAGCAAGUCAGGGUUGAAUUAGAUUACUCUGGAAAACUGAGUGUUAGUGGGGAGCGCCCUCUUGGAGACAAGCGAUGGAGUCGAUUUGACAAUGUCUUCCAAGUCCCAAAGGAAAGCAACGAGUUCCAAGCUAGGUUUGAGAAUGGGCAUCUCCAUGUGAAAAUAUUACCGAAGACCUCCGAGCCAAAGCAGCUCCUGGUUAAUGUAAUUGUGGCCGUUGUGGUCUUGAUUGUGAUGGUGUUGUCCGUGACCUCUAAAAACUAACCUUUGCAUAUUUCCCUUGGGAAAUUGGAGGCAAUUGUGAUUCAUCAAAUGUAUAGCAUAUGUAAAAAAGAAAAUAAGGUAAGGAAUUGUUACCAUUCUUUCUAUUUGAAA